AUGAGCCUUUGGCAUGAACCUGGAUCUAUUCCCGCUGUGCCAGUAUAUGUUGGUGCUGCAACCAGUAUUACCCAGAAUAUCGCUCCUCUUGAGCAGGCAGUGGAUAAUGAAAAAGAAAAUGGCAAAUCCGCUAUGGGCUGGGUGGCAGUUGUGAGCGAUAGGAUAGGAUUAUGGUUAAUGGAGGAUAGCACAUGGCAGUGGUGGAGGUUAAUAGGGCUCGGUAGUUAG